AUGAAAGCAAAUUAAGAUUUUCGCUCUGCUUAAGAAUAGUAGAUGAUUGCAUAAGCUAAAUUAGAUUCUUUGAAAAAAUAAAAACCCAUUACUACAACUGUAUAAUAAUCUAAUACAAGAUCUAGUAAGACUGGUGGCCGAUAAUAUUGA